CAAUAUUCGUAGCUGAUGAGAAGCUUGUGAGGCCAAAUCCAUCGAUGGCGAUGGAGUUGCUCGGCCUCUCCAAGUUCAAGCUUCAGCUACUCGCGCUGAUCGCCGAAGCCCGCGACAUCCGAGUAAAUUGAAUCUCCGCUCUCCCGACGUGGUUUUCUCCUCGUCAUUCUCUUUGGUUUCCUUCUUCACAGGGAAGCGAACGAAGCGCCCGAGAGGAGCUCCAACUCUCCAUCCAGAGGCGAGAGCAGAUCGAAGCGGAGUACACGAAGAAGUUGCAAGAGUUGCAAGCAGAGAUUGCGUCGCACGAGGAGUCGCAGCGCAGGCUCGAAGACAAGGUGCUUUCUCCACACUUAAAGCGCUUUUCAUGAUUUGAAUUCAAACUCUGGCUCUCUUGAUCAAUGUCGUAUACCUCGAGAGGCAUGCCGAUUUAUAGCAUGAGAAGUGGAUAGCGGAUGUCUUUGGCUGUUUCAGUGAUCGCGAAUCGCAUUUAGGAAAGAAGAAGACAAGAUACUUGGAAAGGCGAAAUCGAUUUGCUUCCGCUAGUUAGAGAAAUUAACAGAUGGGCACAACGUGACAAAGUAGUGGAAUGACAUCUAAAUCGCAAUUAAUGCAAUCAUUGGCAGCCCUUCUCUUUCCUGCUUCUUUUUCUUGGUCUUCUCUGACGACAACCGUGUCCAAGACCAAGCAGUUCCAUGCGUUCCUCGUCACUACCUCCUGCCUCUCCCUAGACCACGCCUUUUUGGCCGCGAAUCUCCUCCGCUCCUAUGCCUCCCAUAACGACCUACUCUCUGCUCGUCGCCUGUUCGACCAAUGUCCCCACCGAACCACCCUCCUCUGGAAUUCCAUCAUACGAGCCCAUGCUCGCCUCCGCCACUUCCCCCUUGCCUACACCCUCUUCAACAGCAUGCGCCGUGAUCAUAGCGCUAAGCCUGAUUGCUACACCUUUGCCUGUGUCCUUCGUGCCUGUGCGGACAACUCUGAUAGCAGUGGUGCUGAGAUGGUCCAUGCCAUUGUCCUGUCAUCUGGUCUUGCCCUUGAUCUUAUAGUCAGCAGCUCCCUGGUUAGCACCUACUCAAAACUAGGCUUUCUCAACAAUGCUAGAACCGUGUUCGAUCAGUUGCAUACACCAGAUUUGGUGGUAUGGAAUUCAAUCAUUGCAGGAUACGGGUACGGUGGUUUUUGGCAGGAGGGGUUGCAAUUAUUUCGAAGAAUGAGAGAGACCAAUGCAAAACCAGAUGGGUACUCCAUGGUUGCAUUGAUCUCCUGCAUCUGGAAUCCAAGCAUUCUGCAUUUUGCCAAAGGAAUACAUGGACUUUGCUUGAAAGGAGGGUAUGAUUGCAGCUCACAUGUGAGCAGUGCACUUGUUACCAUGUAUGCCAGAUGCAGGUUGAUGGACUUGGCUUGUCAAAUCUUCAGUUGUAUAUACCAGCCAGAUCUGGUUACUUGGUCAGCUCUUAUAUCUGGUUUUUCACUGGCAGGACAAUACAAGGAGGCUCUAACGCUGUUUAGAAAAAUGACUAGUUCAGGUAAAAGGCCAGAUGCGAUCUUAAUUGCUUGUGCUCUCUCUGCUUGUUCUUCGAUUGCAGCAAUCAGACCAGGCAAAGAGAUCCAUUGUUAUUCCAUGAGGAGCAGCAUCAAUCUAGACACUGCAGUAUCAUGUGGUCUCAUAGAUAUGUAUGCGAAAUGUGGUUUUCCUGAAUUGGGAUUUCAGUUGUUUGAAUUGAUGCCGGAGAAGGGUGUAAUUGCCUAUAAUGCAGUUAUAUCAGGUCUAGGUUCCCAUGGACUUGUUGACCAGGCUUUUUUUCUUUUAAAGUGGAUGCUUGAUAGAGGCUAUCAGCCUGAUGCUGCCACAUUUUCAGCUCUUCUAUGUGCUUGUUGCCAUUCAGGGCUUUUGGAUAAAGGAUUGGAGCUCUUUAAUAGAAUGAGAGAUGAAUUUGGUAUAGAAGUACAGAUGGAACACUAUGUGUACAUGGUAAAGAUUCUUGCAAUGGUUGGUCGAUUGAAAGAGGCUUAUGAUUUUAUACAUACAAUGCCAAAGCCAGCAGAUUCUGGUGUUUGGGGGGCAUUGUUAUGGGGUUGUAACAUUCAUGGUCAUCUGGAGAUGGGCAGAAUUGUUGCUAAAAAGCUCUUUGAGAUAGAUCCAAGAAAGGCUGCAUACAGAGUGAUGCUUUCCAACAUAUAUGCUGCCGAAGAGAAGUGGGAAGUUGUAAAGACUCUAAGGGAUCAGAUUGCAGUAGUAGGUUUGCAAAAGAAUCCUGCAUUCAGUUGGAUUGGAGACCAUGAUCUAUGACGUUACAGCUAUUGUUUCUAAAUUUUUACAGGAAAUUCUAUGUGGUAAAGUAUGUUGAGACUGAGAAAGACUUACUGAAGAAAAAGGAGAAAGAGUUAAAAGAAACUAUCAACAGCUUGCUUCAGUCGAGAGAAGCUUUCCUAAGCCAUUAUGAGGUUUAUGUGGAUUAAAAAGACUGCCUUUGAGGAGUUCCAUACAUGACUAGUGAUAUUCCAUUGGAAAAUCAUCCUGUUGUAGACCUCUGUUGGAAGAUUGCUGGUAAAUUUUGAUGAUUAUGAACUUGAAAUGCAGGAUUCUACAUAUCAAUUGAAGCAAAGCAUUCAAAAAAGGGACAGAAAGCUUGUGCUCCUUACUGAAAA